CAGAGAUUUACAAUUAGUCGACCACCAUUGUUGAGACGACUUCUAUCCCUUCACAUUUGCUUUUUAGUAUCAUUUAUAAACUGUUAGAAUUUGGAAAUCCUCGUUGUUCUAUAAAGCAGAGAAAAGCUAUUUUAAAAUACUUUAUAUAUUCAUUCUUAGAAGAUAUUAAAUAACUACAACAAGAUGCAGUCUUUGAGACAGAGGAUGUUGGCAAUCUCCAGGGAGAUUGAGCUCAAGAGAUUUCUGAGUUCCCAGGAAGUAAUCGACAGGGAUGAUCGCUUUGGUGGAAGACACUUCAAACCCUUACCCGUGGUUCUUUCUAAGGGUGAAGGAGUUUAUCUAUGGGAUAUUGAUGGAAAGCGGUACCUGGACUUCUUGGCGGGGUUUGCAACAGUUAAUCAGGGUCACUGUCAUCCACGUUUGGUGAAGGUCCUCCGUGAACAGGCUGGAAAACUAGCUCAUACCUCGCGUGCCUUCUACACAGAGCCUCAUGGAGAAUUCGCUGAAUAUCUUACAAAGCUUCUUGGGUGGGAUAGAUUCCUUCCAAUGAAUACGGGUGUCGAAGCUGGCGACACAGCUUUGAAGAUGGCACGAAGAUGGGCCUACAGAGUAAAAAAAAUUCCUAAUAAUAAAGCGACAAUUUUAUUCGCUCAAAGAAACUUCUGGGGACGAUCUUUGGCAGCCAUUUCUGCUUCCACUGAUCCAAAUUCUUAUACGGACUUUGGUCCAUAUAUUCCUAACUUCGAGAAGAUUCCUUAUGAUGAUCUUCAAGCACUCGAGAAGAACUUUGAAGACAAUCCGAAUAUUUGUGCAUUUAUGGUGGAGCCUAUUCAGGGUGAAGCUGGUGUUGUCAUUCCAAAGGAUGGGUAUUUGAAAGGUGUCCGGGAUCUGUGCACCAAGUACAACGUCCUCUGGAUCGCUGAUGAAGUUCAGACUGGUUUGGGGAGAACUGGAAAGCGUUUAGCAGUGGAUCAUGAAAAUCAGCGACCUGACAUUCUUAUAUUAGGAAAGGCCCUUUCAGGAGGAAUGUAUCCUGUGUCCGGUGUUCUCGCGGAUGACGAGAUAUUGCUCUGUCUAGAGACUGGAUCUCAUGGAAGCACCUUCGGGGGUAGUCCUUUAGGUCAGAGAGUGGCCUUGGAGGCUGUAAAAAUUGUUGAAGAAGAGAAACUAGCCGAAAAUGCAAACAAGUUGGGAAAAAUUGUCAGGGAAGAACUUAAGAAGUUGCCCAAGGAUAUUGCCUUGGAAGUCAGAGGUCGUGGAUUACUUUAUGGCCUGAUUGUUAAUAAAGACCUUGCUGAAGGCUGGGAUAUAUGCCUAAAGCUCAGAGAUGCAGGUCUUCUUACUAGACCUGCUCAUGGUCAAAUAAUCAGAAUAUCACCGCCAUUGAUUAUCAACGAAGAACAACUCAGGGAGGGAUUGGAUAUUCUUAAAACAACUCUAACAAAGAUUUAGACGGCAAUAAGGAAUUAGAAGAGAACGAAGUAUCAAAAUCCGAUCACACUUGUAAGAGGAAAGGAGACUGCACGCAUGCAAAUGCUACUUAAAAAUUUAUAUCUAUAAAUUGAUCCAUAUACAAUACUUUUAAGUACAUCAUAAAUUAAUUAUAAAUACAUUCUUUUAUAUGCCACCAA